UUCGGCCCAAACCCCUUGUUCCUCUCCCGGUCCGCCGCUGCCCAAUCGUCAUGUCGCCCCGACUGGAACACACAGAUACCCUGCGCAGCUAGCCGUCGUCGUUCGCCACUGCUGCCGCCCUUAUCUUCCUGAUCCGCUCCUGAUGCGAGCGGCCAGACGCGGCCAUCGGAGUCAAUCGCGGUCAACACGCGAUCAGCCGUUGCUCUUCACUACCCUGAAAACGAUGCCGCACAUCCGACCGUCUCUGAGGAAGAUAACGUGAGAUCGACGCGGCCCUCUCUUCAGUCAAGGGUUGCUGGGGAUUGAAGUCGGACUCCACCGCAGACAACACCGUCAUUGUCCUUGUCAUUUUCGUUGCUGUGGUCACUGCCGGAGAGUUAAGCCGCCACCUGCCACCUUGCUGCACCGUCCGGCAUAGCAGUGGCCACCACCUCCCUUUAUUGUAGCCACAGCCACCACAGUAGGCCGACGGUCCUUAAAGUUGUGAGUUCUACCGGGUUAAAUUCACUGUUGUUGGCCAUUGCUCCAACUACCGAGUCACCCCUUCUGGAUUUCCGUCAUUGGCCGUGAGCCACCACUAGCCACUACCAGACUAGGACUCUUAUUCAGGACGAGCAUUUCGACGUGGGAAUUAUUUGGUACGAGCUAUAUUUCAAUAUGCUUUCAUCUUUAGAGACAUCCACCCAAAUCUAAAGAAGGAUAAACUGAAGCUUUUGCAGCUAUCAGCGACCCAAAGAAAGAGAGGACAUACCAAUUGAGGAAGCAUGGAUGUUGAUUCACAGCCGACGAUGGAGGAAACUAUCAUUGUUGGUGAUGACCUUAUGAUGGGCCCCCCAUCACCUAUUAUUCCUCCAGAGAUUGCAUCUCAUGUCCUGGAAGGUGUGGACUUAUGUGAUCAAGUACUGCGGAACUUUUUCUUGUGCUUGCAAAUCAAUGAUGUCGAGCCAUUUUGCCAAGAUGAGAUCAUCUUGUAUCAAGAGUGUGCUGCAAAGAGAGAUAAGGAGCUAAGACGUAAACUUUUUGAUAGUGAACGUAAGCUGGGUUUGUCUAUGCCCUUGGGAGAUGCAAAGGAACGAGCUGCUAAUCUUGAAGCAGAAAUUAAAACUCUAGAAAGGCGCAUGAUUCUUGCAAGUGGAGUUGAAGGAAUGGAAGGAUUCCGCCAACGUUGGAGUUUGCAUGGACGUAUUGAGGAUACCAAAAGAAGAAUGGAAUCUUUGAAAGAGGGGAUCUCAAAGAGUAAAUUGGAAAAUAUUCAAGAACCUAAAGUAGACCCAGCUAAGAAGAAAUGGUUCUUUUGAAAGAUAUUUUGUGUUUGGUCUCCAGUAACUUCUUGUGUUGAUCUUAUUGGAAUCAUAUUGAACGGCUCAAGGACACGGGGUUUACUUCGUUUGGUCGUCAAUUCGAGUAAAGUAUGCAACUAAGAAUAUGGAUGCAUUUCUGGAAUCUAAUCAUUUCGAACUUUGAUCCCACAAUCGGUAUAUACUUAUUUCUCGCCCUCAUAACAAGGUUGUAGUUGAUUUUGACUAACUUAAACUAAGAUCUAUAUUAUAUAGAUAUAUUGUAUAUUUUUGGAGAAAUAUACAUCUCAAUUUGUUGUUUUACUCGUCUUCGAAUACUUUUGCGAGUAUAUUUUGGAGAAAUAUCAAUUGUCUUAGCAGUCUUCUUUUCCCUUCUGAUUUCAUUGUUUCUGUUACUUCCGAUUCGUACCAUAUGCCUCUUGAAAAUUCAUUAUUGGUUUGGAUGCAAACUCUAUUUGACCGGUUAGGAUUCAAAUAGAAAAAUAGUUAAUGCCGAUACAUUGUCCAAUCUUUUCCUAGCGUCGUAAUCCUAGUGCCAUAUAUAUCGUAUCUGUGUUCGUUGUUUCGAUAUUUACCGAGUAUUAGACUAAGUCCACUUUAUGGGGAAUUUGAUAUUUUCUAACUUGUAUAUUUUCAUUUGUCAUACUAAUUUAUUUUGUAUGGAUUCAUUCUAAGUUGUUUAAUAAUUGGACCCGUAAAGCAAUUGAUUAUAUUUAGAAAUAUAUUGAUUAAACCUAGUGAAUUGGCUCAUAGAUUGCAAAGUUUGCUAUAGUAGCAUUACAAUUUGCUAAAGGAAUAGUUAAAUUAGGGGAAAUUAAGAGCAUGGAUGACGAGAAGAGCAGCCGUACCAGAUAAAAAGUCAAUAUCAGCAGAUUACCAAGUAAAAUGUAAUAAUUUUUUUUUAAUAUCAGGUAUAGACAAAGGGUAACAUUACAAUCAAGUAAUAAGUUAUUUAACCUUGAUCAUACGGAAUCAUGAAAAGGGAAGCCCUGUCCCUCUUGAGUGCCCAGUUAAUUAUAGAGUGAUAAUUUUGCUAGUCCAUUUCUUACGGACGUAUGCCUUUAAAAAAAAAAAAAACCUUUCUAUUUUCUAACCACUUGGUAAUCAGCUCUAAGUUGAUUUCUCUUCACAUAACACUACAAUAACAAUAGGGAAAUCAUUAUGUAGAAAAAAAAUGGAACUUUUUUUCAAAGCAAGUGAAUUGAUUUUCACCUAGGUAAGGCUCAUGAAAUUGGUAUGCACAAGGAGUUGAAUUCGGGCAAAUGUCAGAACACGGAUGGUAAGCACAAAUAUCAAACUGAGAGGGAUUGACAUGGAUAUGGACAGGAACGUUUAUACUUCCUUUUCAGAUCAAGAACAAUAUUCCAACCAUAUCCUAAUGGCAGAAGAAGAAAAACAAGAGAACUCUCUAGUGACGAAAGAAAGCUUAUCCAAAUCAUGCGAGUUGAUGUAUACACUAGAACAAGAAGGUGGAUGGUGAAAUGAAAGGGAUAGAUGUGGAGACGCAUACCUCUUUUUCUGGAACAGUCUUCCGCAUUGUGGUCAGAUUCUUCAGGGCUGGAGGAAGAAGCAGCGGCAGAGAAGAAGAGCUUGGCGCUUCCCCUUUUGGAAUUAUUCUUUCUAUUUAGUGGGUUUUUAUGUUGUUUUGUAACACAUGAUUUUAUACCAUUAUAAACAAAUUCAUUAAGCUAUCUAAUUGAUUUUAAUGGCA